GCACAAGCAGCCGGGCGAGGGGCAGGCUUUCCUAGGCGGAGCUGCGCCCUAGGCUCGGCUUCUCGGGAGGGAGCCUGGGCCGAGCCUGCUUGCCCCUGCGGAGCAGGGUGCAGCUUCUGACUCGGACUCUGCUCCUGCUGAGUGCACUAGGAGCCGGCUGAGGUGAUUGCUCAGCCGUGGAGGAGACGAUUGGCAGGGUGAAUCGCUGUGGCCUCUUUGACAAAAGUCAGUCACUUGUCGUUAAAUGCAGUGGUGUGGGGCUAAGGGGUUUUCUCUCCCUUUCCACGUGACCGGCCCGCGCUGGAAGAACUGGGUGCUGGGCGGAGACCGGCGUUUUUAGGAGGAGGCACACCCAGCUUGGGGCCACCUUUGUGUGUUUUCCCUCCGCCCCUGUCCCAGGGUACCGAAGGAGAGUGACGCUCUUGGCAGCCGCCUGUCAAAACGUCCUCGUCACCGCCACUCGGCCAGCUGCUCCUUGAAAGGGGCAGCAGGAUCCGCCAGCCCGGGAGGGCUCUGUUACACUCCCGCUGACCCGGGAGAUGCGGGGACAGGCGGCGCCAGCCCCCCCAGUUAGUCAUUAGUAUCCGCACUCGACGAGCACUGCAGAACCAGCACAAUUAAGCCUUGGUCUACACUAGGAGUUGAAGUCAAAUUUAGCAGCGUUAAAUCGAUUUAACCCUGCACCCAUCCACAGGACGAAGCCCUUUUUUCCGACUUAAAGGGCUCUUAAAAUUGAUUUCCUUACUCCACCCCCAACUAAGGGUUAGCGUUGAAAUCAGCCUUGCCGGGUCGAAUUUGGGGUACUGAGGACACAAUUAGACAGUAUUGGCCUCCGGAAGCUAUCCCAGAGUGCUCCAUUGUGACCGCUCUGGACAGCACUCUCAACUCAGAUACACUGGCCACAUAGACAGGAAAAGGCCCGCGAACUUUUGAAUUUCAAUUUCCUGUUUGGCCAGCAUGGCAAGCUGCAGGUGAGUGCAGAGCUCAUCAGCAGAGGUGACCAUGCAGAGCUCAUCAGCAGAGGUGACCAUGAUGGAGUCCCAGGAUUGCAAAAGAGCUCCAGCAUGGACCGAACGGGAGGUACGGGAUUUGAUCGCUGUAUGGGGAGAGGAAUCCGUCCGAUCAGAACUCCGUUCCAGUUUUCGAAAUGCCAAAAUAUUUCUCAAAAUCUCCCAGGGCAUGAAGGACAGAGGCCAUAACAGGGACCCGAAGCAGUGCCGUGUGAAACUUAAGGAGCUGCAGCAAGCCUACCAGAAAACCAGAGAGGCAAACGGCCGCUUCGGGUCAGAGCCCCAAACAUGCCACUUCUAUGAUGAGCUGCAUGCCAUUUUAGGGGGUUCAGCCACCACUACCCCAGCCGUGUUGUUUGACUCCUUCAAUGGAGAUGGAAGCAACAUAGAAGCAGGUUUUGAGGACGAGGAAGAUAGCUCACAGCAAGCAAGCGGAGAAACCAGUUUUCCCAACAGCCAGGAACUGUUUCUCACCCUGGACCUGGAGCCAGUACCCCCCCGAACCCACCCAAGGCUGCCUCCCAGACCCGCCAGGCGGAGAAGGGACCUCUGCUGCAUGUGUUUCAAGGAUCACAGGAUCUUCUCCUUCCCAGAGGCUAGCGAAGAUUAGAAGGCGAAAAAAAUGCACUCGUGAAGAAAUGUUCUCUGAGCUCAAAGGAUUCAAUGCUGAGGCUGCUGGAGGAUCAAACUAAUAUGCUCCAGCAUAUGGCUGAGCUGCAGAAAAGGCAGCUAGAGCACAGACCGCUGCUACAACCCCUGUGUAACUAACCGCCCUCCUCUCCAAGUUCCUUAGCCUCCUCACCCAGACGCCCAAGAAUGUGGUGUGGGGGCCUCCGGCCACCCAGCUACUCCACCUCAGAGGAUUGCCCAA